AUGGCCGGAGAGGAGCCUCUCAAGGAAAUCCCGGGCGAGUGUCCCACGCCGGGCGAACUCGGCCACGCCGGCUGGGCCGUUCUGCACACCGCCGCCGCCGUGUACCCGUACAAGCCCUCUGCGCUGCAGCAGGAGGCGUUUGGCGCCUUCCUACACAGCUGGUCGCACGUGUACGCCUGCAGUCACUGCGGCUACCACAUGCGGCGCUACUUGAAGCGCAACCCGCCGGUGGUCACGGAUAAGUUGGCCCUCAACCGCUACCUGUGCGAGUUUCACAACACCGUGAACAGGAGUGUGCGGAAGCCGGUCUACGACUGCGACCCCAUGACGGUCCUCCGCCGCUGGCACCCGACGUUUCCCGAGAUGGAGGACCAGCCGACGAUCGAGGAGCAGAUUGCGCAGCAGCAGCGACUGGACCAGGCAGAAGCGCAGAAACGGCAGGAGGAGGAGCUGCAACAGAGGCAGACACACACCGCGGCCCGCGCGGACGGCGCAUCCUCGCAGGAGCGUCUGGUGGCUCGCUGGCGCUCCGACGGCAGGGAAACUCAGAACAACGCAGGAAACAGCAAGAACAACGGCGGCGGGGUGGGGGCGUUUGCGUCGGGGUGGGGCGCCGCCUCGCGUCAGGAGGAAAAGGUGGAAGGCGCAGCGGCAAAGGAGGCGGCGGUCCCGGUGGCGGAGAGCCGCCAAAGGCGGUGGUGGCCCUUUGGAAAUAACGCUGCUGCUGCCACCACUAAAGGCCCCUCCUCCACGCCCCCGACGCCGAGCAGCGUGGCCGGCGGCAACGUGGAUGACGACGAGGCCGAUGUGAUGGCCGUCCUGAAGCGCCUCAAAGCCUGCUUGGUGUACUGCCCGGACAAGGACAAGAAGCCUCCCGCAGCGUAG